CUGCACAACAAAAAAAAAUCAAUUACUUUUUUUUCAAAAAGUCUUCCUUUUUACUGUUCACCACCGGAUUAUGACCGCUAAGCUGUCAAGCUCUUGAAACUGCCUCGCUUGUACUGAAACACAACUCACCGUCACAUCCCGUUUAUACAAAUCCUCAUAAAGCAAAUCUCCCAUUCUUAUAAAAUGUCUGCCAUGUUCUCCGCGAUACCUGGAAGAGGCGGGAGGAACGGAGAAGACUCCUUUGAAAACGAUACGACAAGUACUUUGGUCAACGACGACUCUGAUAGGACUUCUGUCGAUGGCAUGAUGAAAAAAAUCUCCACCACCCCGCUAAGCCCUCGACACAUGCGAAGGCUAUCUAUACCCGAUAUGCAUAAGCUGAACAAAGCUGUAGAUCUACGAGAGCGUGUAGGAGAUGUUGAAAUACCUUAUGGAAAGCUACAGGUGGACUUACUAAAUAUGCGAACGGACGUUCAUGUGAGGCGGCCGGUGAUGCGUUUGCGAGUAGGAGCUCAACAUUACUUUUCACAUCGUAGUAAAUCACCAACAGGCGAUUGGAACGAAGGCUUCGUCUUCAUCGUUUCCUACCAUUCACAGUUAUUUGACACCUUGGAGUUUGACUUGUACGAUCAGCCAAAGAAAUGGGGCCGUAAAAAAUCAAAACACGUUGCAAAAGCUAAACUGAAGAUUUCAAGGUUGAAUGGAAGACCAGAUAUGUUUUUGACGUUUUUGCCUUUGUACGAGUACCACGCUCGGCGUACAUUACCAAACAAUGUAAAAGUGCCACAAAAUUUUAAACGCCUGCAGGUGUCAAAAGUAUCCACCGAACUGGCAGAAGACGCUGCGCCUGAACAAUACAUGCAUAAUAGGAUUUUGAAUGGAAAUCUUUAUGUGCGCGUACGAUAUAUAUUUCAACAUCCAAAGGAAGAGACAGACGAAACCACACCAGUCUACAUGGCAUUCGAUAAGAGCGAUGGCACGGUCGUAGAACCCGAAUCACCCAUUGAAGAACCCGAAGAAGUCAUUCCUGGUGGAGGACCACAGCCCACUCGCCCAGAACACCUAAUCGAUUAUUCUAAAAGAACGUCGCAACAUGGGCGUCCCGACCUAGUUCAAACAGAUAAAGCUGUACAACGAGAUUUCAACAAGAAUUUAUCCUCAGCUUUACGAGAUGUACCAGUACCCGAGAAAGCAUUCGAGAAUCACGCCAAAGCUUCCUCAAAAGAAGAGACACCCCCCGAAUCACCGUCCGAGACAGCUUCUGAAUCACCUUCCGAAUCACCCUCAGAGUCAGCAUUAGACAGCCCUGAGACACCCGUCCCAACGCUACGCUCGCCAAAGCAGACCAAAAGCUGGUUGUGGUCAGCUACAGAACAGGCUGGCCAAAGCGCCACAGCAAUACCGGCGGCUAUCAAUGGUUUGAUGUACGGAUUUUCCCAACGAGAUACAGACAAAAGCCGAAAUAUAAUACCGAAGCGGAAUGACACGGACACGACAGAGUCGAGUAGCUCGGAUGGUAUUAGUAUUCAAAGUGUUGGAUUUGGCGACAAGGUGUUUGCAUUUCGUUGGAUGAAUCAAUCCUUUGAAGAAAUCGCAGUAUCCCACCCCACGUUUGAUAAAAUGAUCGGACUGGUUGUCAGCGCCGAAACUCGAGCUUUAGUUCGUGGUGUCCUCAAACUAGCCACCGCUUUUGGUCAAGGCUUCAAGGUCACUACUUUCCAACUCCUUACCGCCAUGUCAAUUCUGGAAAAGUUUUACGCUGAACGCCCUGUACGACCGCCUACCCCUGUUAUAGAGGAUCUUCAUCUUAUUGAGGAAGCUAGGCAUUAUUUCCAGCAUGCCAUUGUCGCUUAUGGAUGGAGAGGGUUAUACUAUUUAGGAGAAUACGGAAAAUACCUUCGAGCUGUUCAGAGAAGCAAGUCGAAUCGCGAAGCCAUUGUCAAAUUUCUCAGAAUACCACCACAAGACCUUCUUGGUUACGAGUAUGGCGUUCGAAAAGGAGCAGUGUUCCAACCAAGUUAUUUUGUAUCCGUUGACCGGCCGAGAAGGGCGAUUAUUCUUGGUAUUCGAGGCACUUGGAGCUUAUACGACUGCAUUACUGAUCUUGUAUGUGAAUAUCGACCAUGGAAAGGUGGACUAGCGCAUUCCGGCAUGCUUGCUUCUGCACAAUGGUUUUUCACCAACAUUAUACCACAAAUUUUUCACUAUGUACAUAAUCACGCUGGCCAAAUUGAUUCCUUUAUCAUCACUGGCCAUUCCCUGGGAGGCGGUAGCGCCAGUCUUCUCACCAUGAUGGUAGUAGAUCACAUUGAAGAGCUGCGGCAUUUAUCCGGAAAUCCAGACUUUCGGGUUCAUUGCUACAGCUAUGCACCUGUUGCGGCAGUGACGGAAGCCUUGAGCGACGCUUAUGCUGAAUACAUCGAUAGCUUUGUAUGUCAAGACGAUAUUGUCGGGCGAACUUCGUAUGGAACUGCGAUGGAACUCAAGGAACUGAUCAUGAAUGCUCUUGCUGCUGUUGAAGCUGUAGGAGGAGUGCAUGAAGUCAACAAAAAUGCCGAUGCCAGAAAAGCUUGUUUUGAUGCCAUUGAAACGUGUCGAAAACAAAUCUAUCAAAGCGAGAAGCCUGAAUUCCCUCUGUUGUAUAUACCCGGCAGAACUUGGGAAUUUCGACGCUCGCAUGUCAAAGCGCACAAAUACUUUAGACCCAUCAUGGCUGCCGCGUCGACGUCGUUUUCAGGCGCAUCCCUUGUACCACCCCUUCCUUCGGUUCGACCGCAUCCCAUAAAGCGAUCGGAAACCCAAUCAGAGCCAAUGUUGUUCUCCGUGUUGACACCCACGGAGGAGAGCGAAAUUACCUACACCUUACACGAAGGGUCACCUCAGCUUUCAGAAGAGAUGCUGAUCACACGGACCUGCAUCGAAGAUCAUAUGAUGGUGACCUACAUGAAAGCACUGCAACAGGUGUGGGAGAACUGCGUGCGCAAGCAUCGCGAAACGCAGCCUGACGUCCCAACUCCAACCUCGAGCAAGGAUCGCACCCAUGCCACUCAGCCUAAUGUACCUGACCGUCCUCCUGCUUCCAAUUUUGACCCUCUUGUACUUCCUAUUCGAUCCAAGACCUGCGUGCCUGACAUGCAGCAUAGUCCUUGGUCUCAAACUGACAAUGCCUCCGAUCCAUACCAGCAUGAGCAUCAACCCAGUUGGUUCUCGCGCUUGUUUACCAAACCAGCGCGAUAGAUAUUUAGAAUAGCUAUUUUACGUUAUACCCUCCCUAGUACUCAUCAUUUCACUGUUCUCAUUCAUUGGCAUAAACCCACGCACCGGUUUGAGACGUCGUUCAAUGUUUUUACAUAUGGAUGUUUUUGUUUUAUUGUGAUUAAGGAAAGGGUCUUGUUUGGGGGAAAUUUUUUGGUCUAUGGUCUGUCUACAAGUUUCUAACACAGGCGUUGAAGAAUUUUCGUGGGUUACCGUUGCUGGUGACCAUUUUCUUCUUGAGCAGCAUCUCGGAUGGUUCUAAUGGAGCAAAAUAAAAUAAAUAAAAUGUU